AUGUCUCUCAACCUAGAAAAGCAGCUCACCUUUUAUGGUGCUUACCACUCUAAUCACGUUAACGUAAUCAUCCACAUGAUAUGUGUGCCUCUAAUCCUCUUCUCGGCCUUUGAAAUUGCCUCCAACUAUGGACCGUUCUUCACACUUCCCUCUUGGCUCCAGGUACCCUAUCUCGAGCCCAACCUGGGCACCUUUGCGGCCCUGACGUGGGGCGGACUCUAUGUCCUCCUCGAGCCGGUCGCCGGCACCGCGUUGGCGCUCAUCUGCCUCGGUUCCUGUGCCUUCACCAACUACCUCCGCAUUGCCGACCCGGUCUCCACCACCAAGGUCGCCAUUGUCGUCCACAUCGUGAGCUGGCUGGCGCAGUUCCUCGGCCACGGCAAGUUCGAGGGCCGUGCCCCUGCCCUCCUGGACAACCUCUUCCAGGCCAUCUUCCUCGCUCCCCUGUUCGUCUGGCUCGAACUCUUGUUCAUGCUUGGAUACCGCCCUGAACUUAAGACGCGCGUGGAUAAGGCUGUGGCGGUGGAGAUUGCCAAGUUCCGGGAGAGCAGGAACGCGAAGAAGGCGCAAUAA